UCGUCUCCCUUCGCUGACGUAAAGAGUUCCUACCUCAAGGCGCAGACGACAUUUCGAGCUCGAAUUUCGUGUAAUGUUACACUAACGGUUUUCCGCGGAAAUGGAUAAAUGAAUAUGUAACUUGGAAGGAAAUAAAGGAACGCUAAUGGAUAUCAAAUGAUUCGAGAAAGCCUUUCCUUUACGAGUAUCUUAUCCGCAUACCAACAGUCGGAGCAAACAUGUCGCUCAAGAGCGAUGAAGACAGUAAAUCCGUCUAUAAAGAAUACAUCGUUGAUGAUUCUGUUGUGGAUUCGAAAGAUAGUAUCGAAGUCAGCGACCUUAUAGGGGGUUAUGGACCCUGGCAAAGGGACAUCUUUGUUCUUCUCUUCCUUGCCUCUAUUCCAUCUGCAUGGCAUAAUCUGCAAAUGACUUUCAUGGCCCCCACUGGCGUUGAUUUCUGGUGUUCCAGACCACUUCACCAGAAUGUGUCGGUAGAUGCAUGGAAGAACUGGAGUGCUCCGCCUGAACAUCUAGGCGUAGAUGGACGAUGUCAUAUAGUGCCUUACUGGAGAUUGCCGGACAACGCCACAAUAGUGGAAAGUGAUCUUCUUAAGUGCACUUCUUGGGAAUAUAACUCAACUUUCUAUCCUUCUACAAUUAUAGACGAGUGGGACCUCGUUUGUGACCGAGAAUGGCUAAUUUCCUUUUCCAAGUCGAUUUACAAUGUUGGAUACUUAGUGGCCGUGCUGGUGUUCGGUCAGUUAUCAGAUAGUGUAGGCAGGCGUCCUACCCUCCUGUUCUCGUAUGUGCUUAAUGUGAGCUCGAGCUUCCUAUGUGCCUUUGCUCCAUCUUUCGCCAUGUUCGCAAUUCUCAGGUUUUUUACAGCCGUGGGAGGUGCCGGAUUUUACACUGUCUCCUUCGUUAUACUAAUGGAAAUGGUAAGCCCGGGAUUUCGCUCAAUGGUAGGCGUAGCCAUCAAUUUUGGUUGGUGCUUGGCCUUUAUCAGUCUUCCUGCGGUGGCCUGGAUCAUUAGAGAUUGGUUCUGGCUGCAGCUGGCUCUUACAGUCCCGAAACUGCUGUUCAUUUCUGUUUUUUGGGUGAUACCAGAAUCUCCUCGAUGGCUGCUAAUCCGCAGUGAAAAAGAAGAAUUCCGGCGUGUAGUGCUAAAAGCAUCCAAGAAAAAUGGCUUGCCAGAAGCUUUCGUCCAAUCUGAAGUAGACAAACUACUUUUGAGGACAGAAGAAUUACGAGUAAGCUCCGAAUCUUCAGCCACGGUGUUUGAUCUCUUUAAAACUCCCAGAUUAAGAAAGAAUACUUUGAUACUCUUUUAUAACUGGUUGGUGAACUCGUUCAUCUACUUCGGCCUUUCAUACAACACAGGUGACCUAUCACCUGAUCCCUACAUAAGCUUCUUCCUUUCAGGGGCAGUAGAAUUUCCAGCCUAUUUAGUGACGAUGAAAGUAAUUGGUUCUGUAGGCCGGAGAAAACCGCUUGCUUUCGCUAUGAUGGCUGGUGGUGUUGCUUGUGCUCUUGCGAUUCCCGUACCUUCUGAUAUGGUGAUUGGUAAAGCAUUCUUUCCCCUGGUGGGCAAGUUUUGCAUAACAGCGACGUUCGCCACUGUUUACGUUUAUUCAGCCGAGAUCUUUCCAACAGUCGUCAGGAAUGUUGGUCUCGGAACCGGAUCCACAGUGGCUCGCAUAGGCUCCACAGUAGCUCCUUUUGUUCGAGAACUGGGUGCGGGAACAUUUAGCAGCUUACCUGAUUUAUUAUAUUCUGCGUUGUCUUUGUCAAGUGGAUGCCUCAUUCUUUUGCUUCCCGAAACCAAAGACGAGCCAUUUGCCGACACUUUGAAGCAAGCAGAAGACAUUGGCAGGAAAUCAGAAGAAGAAAUCUUGGAAAAAGAGAAAGAGAAAAUAUAAUAUGUAGAAAUGGAAAGGAUGAAAAAUGAGGCAUUUGAAAACAGAGGAUUAGUCAAGAAUUUUCCUUGCCUCGAAGUAUUCAAGUGCCAAUUAUGUAUUCAUUACUUAUUGCUUCUCUUAAGUAUGCUUAAUAUAAUGAAAAUACGAUAUUGUAAAUGAAAAUCAUCCCAUCAGUAUGUGAAGAAAUUUAUAUUCAUUUCAAUGGUACUUUUUAAUAUACAUAGCUUCACUCUU